AUGUCUACUUUUUCCAAACCAAUUUCUCUUUGUCGAAAUUUCAUUCUCGUUUCGUUGACAAAAGCCUUUACAAUCUAUGCUAUUUGGGGAGCUCACUGGGCCUCUGUCAUGGACGAACAGCCCUUCCUUUCUGGUGUGAUAGCAGUCAAGACACUUGUGGUGAUAAGGCGCUUCUUGGAGUAG